AUACACGCAAAUAAUUCACAUUCGCUUGCACACACGCUUCCGCAAAACCAGCAAAAUCAACUUACACACAACAUUACAAGCUUUAAAUCUUCUCUGUGUAGACUUUAUUUAUGCGAGCUUGGAAUACGUAGCUGGCGUUUACACGUUAGCAGACACAAGUUCGCAUGAGGUAAACUUUAUAUGCAGCCCACAACUUGAUUGAGAGAAACCUCUAAUCAAGUAUACCAAGUGAGUUGAGAGAAACACCAAAGAUGGCAUCCAAAUCUUCAAACUCACCAGCACUUCUCCUUUCAAUCAUUUUGACUCUUGUAGUUGGCAUCAACGGCGGUGGAAUAUCUGUCUAUUGGGGUCAAAAUGGCAAUGAAGGCACUUUAGCCGACACUUGUGCAUCUGCAAACUACAACAUUGUGAACUUAGCUUUUCUGAGUGUCUUCGGCAAUGGCCAGACUCCUGUGAUCAACCUUGCUGGCCACUGCAAUCCUUCCAGCGGAGGAUGCACCGGCUUGAGCUCCGACAUCAAGUCUUGCCAAGCUAGCAGAGUAAAGGUGAUGCUCUCGAUCGGAGGAGGAGCAGGAAAUUACAAUCUCACUUCCGCUGACGAUGCUAGACAGGUCGCAACUUAUCUGUGGAACAACUUCCUAGGAGGCCACUCCUCGUCUAGGCCGCUUGGGAACGCGGUGCUUGACGGCAUCGAUUUCGACAUCGAAGGAGGCACGACUCAACAUUGGGAUGAUCUGGCUAGGUACUUGUCUGCGUAUAGCAGCGGGGGGAAGAAGGUGUACUUGACUGCAGCCCCUCAGUGUCCUUAUCCGGAUGCUUGGGUUGGAGGUGCCCUUCAAACAGGCUUAUUCGACUAUGUCUGGGUCCAAUUUUACAACAAUCCUUCUUGCGAGUACAGUUCUGGGAACAUGGGUAAUCUCGAAGAUGCAUGGAAGCAAUGGACUUCAAUUCCCGCCGGCCAAAUCUUCUUGGGAUUGCCCGCAGCUGCGGAUGCAGCUGGCAGUGGUUUUAUUCCCGCAUCGGAACUUACUUCCAAAGUACUGCCCGCCAUCGAAGGAUCUGCCAAGUAUGGAGGCGUGACGCUGUGGUCCAGAUAUUAUGAUGAUCAGACUGGGUACAGCUCUUCCAUCAAGGGAUCCAUUAUAAGCAGUAACGUAAUUCUUUUAUGCGAAAAAAUUCAGUAAUUCAAAAUCGUAGAUCUUCAUGAUGUUUCUCAAUGACAUACCUUUAUCCACAAUAA